AAAAGUACGGUCUGAAAACUGUCAAAACCGACUGAAAAUGUGGUGAAGCUACGAACAGAUAUUAAUGUCAUCGUUUGCACCAAAAUUUUGGAAGCCUGGUACUGAGGCCCCCGACCAGGCUAUAAAGGAGGAGAGGAAAAUUGUGGGUGAGGAAGGGGGGACAACUGUGGUGUACAACCAGAAUGUAUCUCUGUCCAUAGAGCAACAGCGGCAAAAACUUCCAGUGUUUAAGUUGAGGAAUCAUAUCCUGUAUUUGGUGGAGAAUUACCAGACUGUGGUGAUUGUUGGAGAGACAGGGUGUGGAAAAUCAACACAGAUACCCCAGUACUUGUUAGAGGCUGGAUGGGGAACAGAGGGACAUACAAUUGGAGUCACUCAGCCACGACGGGUUGCUGCUGUCAUGGUGGCAACACGAGUAGCAGAGGAGAGAGGUGCGCUGUUAGGGGAUGAAGUAGGAUACACAAUUAGAUUUGAUGACACAUCAGAUCCUACCCGCACUAGAAUCAAAUUUUUGACAGAUGGUAUGAUGAUUAGGGAAAUAAUGGAAGACCCACUGCUGAAGAAAUACAGUGUGGUUAUGUUGGAUGAAGCACAUGAAAGGACUCUAAAUACAGACUUGAUUAUGGGACUUUUACGAAAGAUUCAGAAAAAGAGAGAAGAUCUCAGGAUAAUCGUUGCUUCAGCCACACUUGAUGCAGAGGAGAUGAAAGACUUUUUCAAUAAUAACAACUCAGGAAAUUCUAACAAAGACACUGCUGCUAUACUGAGUGUGGAAGGCAGAAAUUUUCCAGUGGAUAUCCAUUACACUAUGGACCCAGUUCCAGAUUAUCUGAAGGCCACAGUGGAGACUAUCACUAAGAUUCACCACCAGGAGAAGGAAGGGGAUAUACUGGCUUUCCUUACUGGACAAGAUGAAGUUGAAACUGUGACAAGACAAUUGAUAGAUGUAGCUAAGGAGUGUAUUAGGACCCAGGCAGCCAUGAAGAUGAAGGUUUUACCCAUGUAUGGUAGCCUACCGGCCUCAGAACAGAUGAAGGUGUUUGACAGAUGUGGAAGAACAACAAGAAAGAUAGUAGUGGCUACAAACAUAGCUGAGACAUCGAUCACCAUCCCAGGCAUUGUGUACAUUGUAGAUUGUGGAUUUGUGAAGCUGAAGGCUUACAAUCCAAAAUCAGGAGUUGAGUCACUGGUAACGGUUCCUAUUUCAAAGGCUUCAGCAGAGCAAAGGGCUGGGAGAGCAGGCAGAGUGAGGGCUGGAAAGGCUUACAGACUGUACACAGAGGAUGGUUUUGAGGGGCUUGAAGCCUCCACUGUCCCUGAGAUUCAGCGGUCAGACCUGGCCCCUGUGAUACUGCAGAUGAAAGCCCUGGGAGUGUCCAACAUUGUCAGGUUCAACUUCCUAUCGCCACCUCCUGCACAGAAUAUGAUCAGAGGUCUAGAGUUGCUGUAUGCACUUAAAGCUCUGGAUGAUAAUGGUAACUUAACGUCACCUUUAGGGUUACAAAUGGCCGAAUUCCCCCUGUCACCAAUGUUCUCCAAAGCACUGCUUUCCUCCGGAGACUUUGGGUGUUCUGAGGAGGCAGUGAUCAUAGCAGCCAUGACACAGAUACAGAAUGUGUUUAUAACUCCAAUAGGAGAGAAAUCUGCAGCUAAUCGUGCCAAGAGAAAUUUUUCUGUAGAGGAAGGUGACCAUGUGAGUUUGCUCAAUGUGUUCCGUGCAUUUAUCAAGUACAAAAAGAAUUCUAAGUGGUGCAAAGAAAAUUUCCUGAACUACAAAGGUCUGUGUAGAGCAGUAGAAAUACAACAUCAACUUCAACGUCUUCUGAAAAAGUUCAAGGUGCCCUUGGUGUCAUGUCAAGAUGAUGUGAACCUGAUAAGACGCUGUAUAACCUCAGGGUUCUUUGCCAAUGCUGCCUACCUUCACUACACAGGGGUAUACAGAACAGUCAGAGAUGACCAUGAACUUCAUAUCCAUCCAACAUCAGUACUCAAUUUUACGGACCCACCAAAAUGGGUAGUUUUUAAUGAUGUUGUCCAAACAAAUAAAGAUUAUAUGAGAGACAUUACAGUUAUAGAACCGGAUUGGUUGUGUGAAAUGGCUCCCCACUUCUACCAGUUUGGUACAGAGAGGGAAAUAGCUGCCAAACGAGCUAGGAACGAGCAGGACUGAAGGAAAGGAAUGAUACAAAAAAAAUGUCUCUUUAGAAAAAGGGUUCACACAUACAUGUACUGCAGUUUUAUUACUUCUUAAUUGUGAGGUUCAAAUUUUGUGAAUUUCAUGAAAGAUAUGUAAAAUCAUGGACAGCUACCUUAUCUUAAUAUACGAUUAGUAAAAUUUUGUAGUUCAGCAUUUACAUCUAUUUUUGUGGUCUUCUUCAACCAACGAAACAACAAAAAGUUGUGUUCAAUAGAAAAUGUUAUAGCCAUUAGCCACAGUAUUUUGGUACAACAGAGACACAUCAGCUUGUAUGAUGGUGGACAUUGGCUCUAGAGAAACUGUAGUUGAUCACAUCUUAGUGUAAUAUGUGAUAAACUAGUCCUGGUUUAUACAAAAUGUUCAUGCUUAUGCAUUUUUUAAGACUGGUUUAUUAAUUGCAUUACAUUUUUUAUGAAAAAUUGCUCAUAUAUUAAGAGGAUUUAUUAAAAUCAAAGUACUAAGAGUACUGAAAGAUGGGUCAUUUAAAUCAUGAUUUUAUUAGCUCUUCUGAGCCAAAGGCUCAAAGAGCUAAUGCUAUGGCCAUUUGUGCGGUGUGCGUAAACUUUUUAGAAUAUGGGCCAUAACUCAAGAACCCCUUGGCCAAUUAUUGUC